UGUAUAUUAUUUAAUUAAUAAACCAGUGAAUGCCCAAACAAACCAGUGAGCCCACUCGGUGUCAACUCACUCUGCCCUCUCUACAUCACCCACUUUGUCCCUUUCCCGUCCACUCCAAAGAAGCCGCUUGGCACGAUAAUUUUCCUUAUUAAAUAUUUUAUUUCUUUAUUUAAAAAACGUCUAAUUCUUUUCUCUGUCACAGUCCCUCAACUCUCGCCGUGUUCUUAGGUUCCGUUAUUUUUACCCAUUUCCCAUCGAUUUUUAAUCUCUCCCCGUGCAACUAAAGAGCCUUCUCGCCUGUUGUUUUCGUUUUCCCAUCACUUUCUCAAGAAAAUUUCAUCUCAAAAUUUUCUCGAGGAAGUUAGGGUUUGUGCAAAUAUAAGAUAUAGAGGAGGAGCAAUCAUGAGCUUUCAAGAUCUGGAAGCUGGACGGCCAUUGGCGUCGAGGCAAAACCUGAUCAACGGCAAACAAGACGCCACGCAAGCAGUGGCUUCUGGCAUUUUCCAGAUCAAUACUGCUGUCUCCACCUUCCAGCGACUCGUCAAUACCCUUGGGACCCCUAAGGACACGCCUGAGCUCCGAGAAAAGCUGCAUAAAGCGAGGCUUCAUAUUGGGCAAUUAGUGAAGGACACUUCGGCUAAACUGAAACAAGCUAGUGAAACAGAUCACCGUGCUGAAGUUAGCGCAAGCAAGAAGAUAACAGAUGCUAAACUUGCAAAAGAUUUUCAAGCAGUUUUGAAAGAGUUUCAGAAGGCUCAACGGGUUGCAGCUGAAAGGGAAACGGCAUACACUCCAUUUGUUCCCCAGGCAGUUCUUCCUUCAAGCUACACGGCCAGUGAGAUAGAUGUAGGUUCAGAUAAAAGUGCUGAACAGCGAGCCCUUCUUGUGGAAUCAAGAAGACAGGAGGUCUUGCUGUUGGAUAAUGAGAUUGCAUUUAAUGAGGCUAUCAUCGAAGAAAGAGAACAAGGAAUUCAAGAAAUUCAGCAGCAAAUUGGUGAGGUCAAUGAGAUCUUCAAAGAUCUCGCAGUGCUAGUUCAUGAGCAAGGAGCUAUAAUUGAUGACAUUGGGACUCACAUUGAAAAUUCUCAGGCUGCCACCGUACAGGCAAAAUCCCAUAUUGUGAAAGCCGCAAAGACACAGAGAUCAAAUUCUUCUCUGGCCUGCUUGCUCCUGGUAAUAUUCGGAAUUGUGCUUCUCAUCGUGAUCAUAGUACUAGCAGCCUGAUCAAAAGGUCAUCCAAUUUGAUCAUAGAACGAUUUUAAGAUAUUCUAAACAGCAAGAGGUGAUCGCUUUGCUAAUGUAUUUGAUUUUGUGGUUAUCAGCCAUCCAUUAUGAUAUUUGGUUGAUCUUUGGGCGGGGUGUUUCUUUUUCUGUAAGUUGGUGUCUGGGUUUGCUGAGGGUGUAUCACAGCUUUCUGUGUAUUGUCCCCUUUUGUCUUCUUGAAAUUUCCUAUAAUAAGAGCUU